CCGCUGCCGCCGCCGCUGCCGGUGCUGCUGCCGGUGCUGCCCCGCGCCGCCGCCGAGCAGGUUGUCCUGCUGGACUCAAAGGAAUCGCAGGCAGAGCUGGGCUGGACCUCACACCCAUCGAACGGGUGGGAAGAGAUCAGUGGCGUGGAUGAGACCUACAAGCCAAUACGCACGUACCAGGUGUGCAAUGUCAUGGAGCCAAACCAGAACAACUGGCUGCAGACGGGCUGGAUUGCCAGGCGUGACGGCCAGAGGAUCUUCAUUGAGCUAAAGUUCACCCUGCGGGACUGCAACAGCAUCCCUGGUGUGACGAGCACUUGCAAGGAGACUUUCAACUUGUACUACGUCGAGUCUGACUCUGACCUGGGCCGGAGUGUCCAUGAGAGCAAGCACACCAAGAUCGACACCAUUGCUGCUGAUGAGAGCUUCACACAGGGAGACCUGGGCGAGCGCAAGAUGAAGCUGAACACCGAGCUGAGGGAGAUUGGGCACCUGAGCAAGAGAGGCUUCCACCUGGGCUUCCAGGACGUGGGCGCCUGUGUGGCACUGGUCUCUGUGCGGGUCUAUUACAAGAAGUGUCUCACCACCGUGCAGAACUUGGCCAUGUUCCCAGACACGGUGGCAGAGACGGCCUUUGUGACCUUGGUGGAAGUUAAGGGCACUUGUGUGUCCCAUGCUGAAUUGGAUGUGGAUAAUCCCCCUCGGAUGCACUGCAGCGCGGAGGGCGAGUGGCUGGUCCCCGUAGGGAAGUGCAUGUGCAGCCCUGGCUUUGAGGAGAAGGAUGGGGGAUGCAGAGCUUGCCUUCCAGGGUUUUACAAGCUUUCCCUCCGUCUCCCUCUCUGUUCUCCAUGCCCUGAGCACAGCUUCACACAUGGGGAAGCCUCCACUUUCUGUUUGUGCCAGACCAAUUACUCCAGGUCUCCUUCAGACCCACCAUCUGCCUCCUGCACACGUCCACCCUCUGCCCCGAGGAACCUGGUGUACAGCCUGCGGCAGUCAUCCCUGGUGCUGGAGUGGAGUGCCCCUGCGGACGCGGGCGGCCGCAGCGACCUGACCUACAGCCUGUGGUGUGGCCGCUGUCCCGCGGUGCCCCCGGGCCGCUGCGAGCAGUGCGGCAGCAGCGUGGGCUUCGUGCCACAGCAGACGGGGCUGGUGGAGCGCACGGUCACCCUGGUGAACCUGCUGCCCCACGUCAACUACACCAUCCGCGUGGUGGCCCUCAACGGCGUCUCGGCCGUGAGCCCGCUGGCCGGCCAGCAGUAUGCCGAGGUCACCGUGUCCACCGGCCGCGCAGCACCAACUCCUGUCACUGACAUCCGCACGGAUAAGGUGGAGCAGAAGAGCGUCUCCUUGUCCUGGCAGGAGCCAGGCUUCCUGACUGCCAAUGGCACCGAGUACGAGGUCAAGUACUUUGAGAAGGAUCAGAGAGAUCAGAGUUACUCAACUGUGAAAACCACAUCAACAGCCGUGACGGUCAAUAACCUGAAGCCUGGUACCCUCUAUAUUUUCCAAAUCCGAACAUCUUCCUCUCCAGACUACGGGAACUACAACCCUGGCAUUGAAGUGGAGACAUUGGCAGAGUUGACAGUGGCCUCCAGCGAGCAGAGCCCCGUCCUCAUCAUCACAGUGGGGGCCAUCGUGGGGCUGACAGUGCUGGUGUCCAUGGUGGUCGGCCUGAUGGUCUGGAGGAGGCAGUGUGGGUACAGCAAAGCCAGCCAGGAUGGGGACGAGGAGCUGUACUUCCACUUUAAAAUACCGACCAGGAGGACAUACAUUGACCCCAGCACCUGCGAAGACCCCAUGCAGGCUGUGCACCUCUUUGCCAAGGAACUGGAUAAUGCCAGCAUCAAAAUUGAGAGGAUUAUCAGGACAGGAGAGUUUGGGGAGAUGUGCCGGGGGUGCCUGAAGCUGCCCAGCAAGCGCGAGCUGCCCGUGGCCAUCCAGACGCUGCGGGCUGGCUGCUCAGAGAAGCAGCAGCGCUCCUUCCUGGCCGAGGCCUGCACCAUGGGCCAGUUCGACCACUCCAAUGUCAUCCGCCUCGAGGGGGUCAUCACCAGGGGGAGCACCAUGAUGAUCGUGAUGGAGUACAUGGGGAAUGGUCUACUGGACUCCUUUCUCAGAAAACAUGAGGGGCAAUUCACAGGCACCCAGCUCAUCUGCAUGCUGCAGGGCAUUGCCUCUGGCAUGGUGUACUUGGCAGAGAUGGGCUACGUACACAAAAGCCUUGCUGCCCACAAGGUCCUGGUGAGCAGCAGCCUGGCAUGCAAGAUCACGGGCUUCAGGCGGCCACAGGAAGACAAGAUGGAAACCAUCUUCUCCACCAUGCGUGGGAAGAGCCUGGUGCUGUGGUCAGCCCCUGAGGCCGUCCAGUAUCACCACUUCAGUCCUGCCAGCGACGUGUGGAGCUUCGGGAUCGUCAUGUGGGAAGUCAUGUCCUACGGCGAGAGACCGUACUGGGACAUGUCCCACCAGGAUGUGAUGAAGGCUGUGGAGGAUGGGUUCCGCCUGCCCGCCCCGGCCAACUGCCAGCCACCCCUCCACCAGCUGAUGCUCAACUGCUGGCAGAAGGACCGCAGCCAGAGGCCCAAGUUCUCACAGAUCCACAACACCUUGAGCAAGUUGGUGCAGAGCCUGGAGCCCCCCAAGUGCCCCAGCUCUACGUGCCCCAGGUCUCAUGGCACGUCCAUCCCCCUCUCCAAGAGAACCUUCUCAGCCUUCCCAUCUUUCAGCUCUGUGGGUGAGUGGCUGGAAGCUAUAGAAAUGGGCAGAUACAAGGACAACUUCACUGCUGCUGGCUACUGCUACCUGGAGUCGGUGGCCAGGAUGACGGCCCAAGACAUCCUCAGCCUGGGGAUCACGCUGGCAGAACACCAGAAGACCAUCCUGAGCGGGAUCCAGACGCUCCGGGCCCAGGUCAUCCAGAUGCACGGCCGAGGCGUGCAGGUGUGA